GGUCUGCUAAGACCCAUCAGGACGCACCACUGCCCCAGGGAGCCAAUAAGGAAGGACCACUGCCCCAGGGAGCCAAUAAGGAAGGACCACUGCCCCAGGGAGCCAAUAAGGAAGGACCACUGCCCCAGGGAGCCAAUAAGGAAGGACCACUGCCCCAGGGAGCCAAUAAGGAGAUGGCAGCGGUACCAAGAUCCAAUCAGGAGGCAUCAGCCAUCCCACCACCAAAGAAAGGAGCCUGCCUAUCCAACUCUGACACUGUACUCACACCAGCUAUACGUCCAUCUGCCGAUCCCCUGAACCUUAGUGACCUCCUAGCUCGGCCCGUGAAAGGUCGCUGUCAUGACACUCACAACCUCUCCACUUCGACUCUGAAUUUCGCGGCGGGUUCCGCAAGGCCCUCGGCGACUGUUGCCGAGGCGGGGAGCAGCAGCAGCCUGGCCCAGUUGAUGUCUGAGCAUGAUCAGAAGAGUCAGAGGGCGGGACUCCCCUCGCUGUCCUCAUCUCCACUGGCUGCUCUUUCUGGCCUCUCAUUGGGCACUCUAGCGUUGUUAAACUCCAGCUCCGCCCCCAUGGCUACGAGUCCCCCCGGCCACCUUGCCUCCUCUUUGGGUAGCUUGUCCUUAGGCAACCCCAAACUGACAGCUCCUGGCGCCAAUAUGGCCUCUCCCUCCUUCGGCAGCCUGAGCUCCGUCCUCCAGAGCAGCCGACCAAUAGAGAUAGGGUCUGGGGGAGGGGCUAAGGGAGCGGAUCCAAAAGGAAGCCCGUCAUUGGCUGAGCUGAUCCAGGAACAUUCCAACAGCAGCCCCACCCUCUACAGAACACUCCCCGGUCUCCACGGGAACAGCUCAAUCCCCAUUGCCCACGGCAACACAACUCAGACCCCCGCCGGACCAGCGCCAGCUCUCACACGCUCCCUGUCCCAGCUCCAACAAUCCCCAGGACCUCUGAACACACACUGUUUCCCCCAGACCCAGAUCACGACAACACCAGAACCUCACGUCCUCUCUCUGUCUCUGUUGGCCUCUCGCCGUCAGCCAGUAAGCACGGUGCCAGCAGCGGACCCAGACGGACAGCAAGCAGAGGUAGAACCACCUCCAGUCCGACUGGGGAAGCUCUCUCAACUAGCCUCUCAGCACCACACCGACACCCCACCAUCACUCUCCCUCGCCGCACUCCUGUCACCGGGGAAACCACAGCCAAGAAGUAUCCAAGAGGGUGGAGUCAGAGACAAACCCCACCCCCUUUUGUCACACACUCCCCUGAGUCUCCACCCACCACGGGGUGAUCAGAGUAUUGAUCUAAGCGUGCUCAUGGCCCAGUCGUCACACGGUGGAGCGUUGUUCGUGCGUCGCCACGACAAAGGCCUCUCCUCGCCGUCCGCGGUCGCCGUGCGGUCAGACCACCACCGCCAACGUUCCUCUGUGUUCGCUCGACCGUCCGUCUUCGCCCUGACCCUGUCGGUGCGUGCGCCCAGCCGGGGGAAGAGGAGGAGGAGGAUGAUGAUGAUGAAGGCUGUGGGAGAUCUGAGGUUAGAGGUCAGAGGAGGGGGUCACCCGGCGUUUCUGUACGGAACACAGACCCAGCUGGUCAAAGCUAAAGAACAGAUGCCCCUCUUACCCAUAACCCCUUUCACCUUCGACACGCCCUCCCCCGACGACGUCGUACGAGCCAAUCAGAAGAAGGCCUUCACCCGCGAGUAAAGGUCACUAAGGAAGUGGACUGUCUGUCGCUAGGCCGACGCCUCAAAUGGCGCCCUAUUUAGUGCAUUACUUUAGUCUCUGUUUAAAAGUAGUGCACUGUACAGGGAAUAGGGUGCCAUUUGACACGUAACCAAGGUGCAUGGAUUGAAGAACAGCAUCAGGGCGGUUGGAGGUUUUAUAAAAGAAAGUUUUUUGUUUUUUUUAAACGGCUGUUUUAAAGUAAUCUGAGAGUUGUAUGAAUACAUUUAAAAGCAUUUUUUUUUCUACUGUAGGCUAGGUAAGAUUUUGCUCCCAUUUUAUUUGGAGAGUCCAGAUAGCAUGACCAUCUACAGAUGGACUAUCCACACAACUCUUUGUUGAUAAGCAAAAUGAUUAGAAUAAGGGUUAGGAUUAGAAUAAGGAUUAGGAUUAGAAUAAGGGUUAGGAUUAGAAUAAGGAUUAGGAUUAGAAUAAGGGUUAGGAUUAGAAUUAGGGUUAGAAUAAGGGUUAGGAUUAGAAUUAGGGUUAGAAUAAGGGUUAGGAUUAGAAUUAGGGUUAGAAUAAGGGUUAGGAUUAAGAUUAGUAGAUAGUUGACAUGCUACUGAUCUGUGUCUAGUCUACAGACUAUCCAAAUGAAGUGUUACCAAGAGGUUCUGUACAUAUUAUACUUUUGAUUCGUCUGUUUUUUUGGCUGAUAACAUUUUAUUGGAUUUUGUAUGUUUCUGUAAUCUUUUUUUUAAGGUGAAUCUCUUCUUUUCUUUUUUUGUUGCAGUGGCUCUUUUCUAGAAAGAUGAGAAGUCCCUUCAUUUUUAGAAAGAAAGACAGGGGGUUGUAUAUCUGCAGGUGUGCAGCUGCUAUUGGAAAUAUGCACCAGUUAACCAUUGUUCUGGCUCACCACCUGUGUGUGUGUGUGUGUGUGUGUGUGUGUGUGUGUGUGUGUGUGUGUGUGUGUGUGUGU